GGUGGCUCAAAGCUGAGCUCAGCCCAGAUCCCAGCAUCAGCCUCCGCCGCCAGCCCGGACCAUGAGCCGCCCCCGGAGCUUCGCCCCCGGCAGCGCCCUGCUGCUGCUGCUAGCGGCCUGCGCCGCGCUGUGCCGGGGUGCCCCCAUGGCCGGCGAGCUGCGGUGCCAGUGCCUGCAGACCGAGGCCGCGAUGAUCCAGCCCAAGCGCAUCGCCCACGUGGAGCUGAUCCCCGAGGGGCCCCACUGCGGGGUGCAAGAAGUCAUAGCCACCACGAAGCACGGCAAGAAAGUCUGUCUGGAUCCCACCGCGCGCUGGGUCCAGCUGAUCGUCACCAAGAUCCUGAACAGUAAAUCUACCAAGCUGUGAGGGGAGCAGAGGAAAUGACCAAGGCACCACAACAGAAACUACCUGCGUGUGAGAGAGAGACUGGUAACCUGAGGCUGGACAGCUCGCCAUGCUGAACUCUUCUUUUGAGAGUCUGAGAGACCAGCCUGCUCCAUUCAACUGCAACCUGUUCCACUGAGUUAUUGCAACCUGUGCUUAUUUGUGUAGUUAUUAAUACAUCUCUGUAGAGCUCUGCGACAGCUAGGUAUUGUGUCAAGCCCUUUAGAUCUUCCUGAUCACCUGAAGGGAUAAUGCUGCAGCAGUGGCUCAAGAAAUGGCUGCUUGUUAAUCUAGUGCACAUUCCCAAUAGCCCAUCCCCUCAGCUCCUCUGAGCAGCUCGAGAUGGACAGUACGGUGAAGCUGUGCCUUUCACACUGUGGCUGUGCAGGAUGUCUGCUGGCUUGUGAAUAACCAGAGCUUCAGAUUCUGGAGCUGCCAAGCAUUUAGCCUCUGAGCCCACAAAUAUGGAGGAUUCCAAAGUGAAAUCCAAUUAGAAGAAUCACAGUAACUUGCUACAGUCCUGAAAUGUGCUGCCAAGGCACAUGUCCCUGGGACACACAGUCAUUUGCUUGGUUGGGUGAAACAGACUAACAGCUGCUCUCCUUUCACAGAAAAGCAAUCUUUAUGAGAAUGUGGCUUCCAGUCACUAGCUGAAGUUUCUGCAAACUCUUUAGGGUUGGUUUGAUGUGUUAAAUUAUUUCUAUGCAAUUUAAAUAUUUGGCAUUUAUGCUGAAGGUUUAAGAACAGUAAGGUUCUGAACACCCUUGGACAUUUUAUGUCUGCAUUGUAUGACAUACUGUCAUGUUCUGUGUAGAAGUGGUAUUACAAAUUGUACUGUACUAAAAUGCAGUAAUUGUGAGACUGGUGGGAGUUACACAUGAAAUACAUAUUUUCUGAUUAAGAGUGGUUGAGUCGUCAACUCAGUGAAGUGUUCAUGUCCAUGUAUCUGUCCCAGUAGGACCCUGGGAAAAGUGUGGUAUGGGUGGGAAUUGGUAUAGGAUACACCCCUGCCUUCAAGCUUCAUCCCUUUCCCUAUUUUAUUUAAUGUUUGUCUGCAUUUAAUAGACUCUUGGGUCCAGAGUUGCAAUAUUUAAACGCCUCAUCUGCAGACCUCAUUGUGAAGGGAAAUUCAGCCUCAGAAAGUGGUUUGUGGCUAUGAAAGCUGCAAGGACUUGCACAUUUUCUUAACUUGCUAUGAGACUACUCAUGUGUUUAAAGCACUCUGCGAGAUCAGGCACAUAGUGAUUCUUUGCUGUUAUAGGAAACAAGACAGCUCCAAGGAAAAAGAGCAUAGAAGACACUUGCUUUAUAUAUAAGUAAUUUUCAGGGCAUGUGCAUGCUCUAGCUGUUAAGAAUCCCCACUCUCUGCCUUUUUUUUUAAA